AUUGUGAAGAUAGGAAAGGUCGUUGAGAAUGAGAUUUUCCGGUAUGCCCUCCAAAGCCAAUUCGAAAAUUUGUCCCAUAGUUUUAUUAUCGAUCCAUUCGAUCCGCUGUGGAAAAACAGAUUUCCGAGUGAUGAAAUCGAUGAAAUUCGCAGACACAAGCUGCAUACACUUCCACCUUGCCCUGACCAACUGCUGAAUUACUUGAAUCAUUUUUCUGAUAUUAAAACAUUGGAUACUCUGAUCAGUCAAACAUAGAAGCAUCAUUAUAAUUUUGAUCAAGCUUUCAAUCUUAAAUAGGUGCAAUUCUCUUUCGUUUCAGUAUUAUGGCUCUUUCAAGGAAACUAUUUUCCUCUCAUAAACUAAACAGAAGCUGAUAUGGUCUGACGCAUUUGGUUGUUCAUCGAC